AUGAAGCGCCUCGAACCCGAGGUUGAGCAGGUAAAAGUGUGUCCUUUUUUUGUUGUUCAUAUUUUUUUCAGAUUCUCGAGCAGUUUGUUAUUAACAAUGACAAACUGUCGGAAAUAACGCAAAAAAUAAAGGCGGAGAUAAAAUUGGGUUUGGCGACUCAAAAUGGUUCUUCUGUGGCAAUGCUUCCAUCGUAUGUCCCGGCUCUUCCAGACGGAUCAGGUUCAGUUUUCGAGUAUUCUUUUCAAUUUGCUGUGUUAUGUUUGCAGAGACUGGAAAGUAUGUUGCGAUUGACCUUUCGGGGAAGAAUUUGCGUAUCAUGCUGCUGACUCUAAAAGGACCAGAUACUGAGCCAUCAGCCGUCAACAACAAUUACAUUGUUCCAAACCACGUCAUGAAAGGGACUGGAGAUCAGGUAAUCCGUUUAGUUUAUUUUUUUAUUCACACUUAUUUCAGCUUUUUACAUUCAUCGUGAACCGUUUACAACGUUUCCUCCAAGAGUUCAAUCUUCUCGAGGCCAACAUCCCAAUCGGUAGGUCUUCAAAGUUUUUUCAAUGCGGAAAUGAUUGAAUCCGAAUUAACCUGAUUAUUCUAGGAUUUGUUUUUUCUUAUCCUUGUGAGCUGCUCUCGAUUCGCUCUGCUCGUUUACUUUGGUGGACGAAAGGAUUUGACAUCAAGGUUCUUAGUUUUUUCGUUUUUUCUUAAACCGAUUUAUACUUUUCAGGACUGUUUGAAAAAGGACGUCGUUCAACUGCUUGAAGAAGCUCUGGAAAUGAAUAUGGUACGCUUUUUUUCAAAUUUCGGUAGACUUUUCUCUGAAGUUCCCCCUUUAUUUGUACUAUGAAAACAUUUUCGUACUUCAGUCAACGAAAGCAACUAUAAAGGCAGUUAUGAACGACACAGUAGGACAACUCGCUGCGGCCGCUUACAAGUACGGUAGCGAGUGUACUGUGGCCGUCGUUAUUGGUUACGGGUUAGUAUUCAAUUAUUUUUAUAUUGCGUGUGAAAAAUUUUCAAAAGUUUCGUGAGAUUUUGGUUUUUUUCUUUCUUUUUUCACUGAGUCUUCGUUGGCAGGUUUUAAAGAUUUUUCCAUAAGCCGAGAUUGAUAAAAUAAAAGAAAUAGUGGUUUCAAAAGUUUCUUUGUUUUUCAAAGCUCCUUCGAACUUUAGUUUCUGAGUUCUUGAUCAUUAAAAAACAUUACUACCAUUGAAAUAAACAGUUUUUUCAAGAAGGGCGCAAAAGGAUUUUUUUCUGUUCAUUGGCACGUUGGCAUGAAUCUUACGAAAGAAUGAAUUUAUUUCUCAGCAAUAUUUUUCGAUAAACAAAUAUUCAGAAUAUUUAUGUUUUAUUACCCGAGGUAAGUUUUCAGAUGCAACUCUUCUUACCUCGAAAAGACUUCGAACAUCACGAAGUUCGACGCGAAAGCCUUAGGUUACCAACACGAAAAGAUGGUCGUCGUCACCGAAUGGGAAGAGUUCGGAUCUAAGGUUUUCUUUUCCUUUUUCGCUGAAACACGAAUUGCACUACUUGUUUCAUUACAAAGUUAUCCGAUCGUAUCGAUUUUAAGCUUUCUCUGUUGCAGGGAGAGCUGGACGACGUCCUCACGCAAUUCGAUCGCGAAAUCGAUGUUGCCAGUGUGCACAAAGGAAAGCAAAUGUGAGAUAUUCGUUUUUUUUUUUUUUUCUGUUUCUUUUUCUAAGGCUGGUCAGAGUUCAAUAGAGGCGAACGGCAUGUUCCUCUAUUGAUUAUUGAGCAGUGAUAUUUUAUUUUAUAAUAACUUAUUUUUACUUUUCCUUUUAGUAUCGACAAACUUACGGGUGCGCUCUACCUGGGAGAACUCGUUCGGCGUAUUCUGUCGCAGCUCGUUUUGGACAGGUUCAUUAUCACUUUCAUUGCCACUCCAUCGAAUUGAAAAAUUUUUUAGUCAAAAUCUAUGAUUUCUAUUCUUUUUUGUUUUCCACUGGUUAAGAGAGAGCAGAAAAAAACAUCUUGUUGGACUUUUUAGGCGUCUACACGAAAUACGAAAUUUUUACGUCAAAAAUGAAGUUUUUUUUGAUCGCAAAUUUUUUUCGACAAGCUUUACGAACCAUGCGUUUUCUGGCCGAUGAAAAAGUAUAUUAUUAUUAAAACCUCACAUUAGACGCUUGUGGUUUAGAUGAAAAUAAAAUGAAAUAAAUAAUCCACUUCCAAAACUAUAAAAAAAAAAUUGUUGACUCUUCAUUCAUAUCUCGUGCCGGUUAUUUGAUUCUUCGAUUAUUUCAGACUACUUUUCGAAGGUCAGCCUUGCGAAAAACUGGAAGAGGUGGACACGUUCCCGACGAAGCACAUCUCCGAGAUUCUGGCGUGAGUGACCUCGUCUUGUUGUUCAGCGCCGGCUGCCGGUUUCAGAGAGGAGGAAGGCUGCUUCAAGACGUGUCGGCGACUUUGCGACGACCUCGACGUGCCGAUGCAUGGCUCCAGCGACUACGUCAUCAUCCGUGAAGUUUGUGACGCCGUGUCGCGUCGCAGCGCCAGCAUCGUUGCCGCAGGUUUUCAUUGCUGGUUUUUUUAAAAGUAGAAGCUUAUUUGAUGAAAGGUUACUUCUUAAGCUUUUCUUAAGCAUUCUUGAUUAGAAAAUGAAUAAUUUAGAAGUGAAAGCGUUGACACUAGUUGAAAAACAAUUAACAACAAUUUAGAGUUUUAACUGAUUUUGAAGUCUUGCAUAUUGUUAUUUUUUUGUAUGGUCUUUGUGGAAGGAAAAUAACUUGUAUCUCUCGAAGCCUCAAAAAAAUUCGAAGAGUAAUUUUAAAAGCAUUUUUCUAGCUAUCAGCGCGUUGAUCGACCACUUGGAGUUGGACACUGUGAAGAUCGGCGUCGGCGGCGCCCUUAUCCAGUUUCAUCCGACCUAUCACGAAAUGCUCAAGCAGAAGCUCAUUGAGCUGGCUCCUCCGCAAAUUCAGGUUCCACUGUAUUUCCUCUUAUCACUGAUGUACUUUCCUUACUCGUAGUUUUUUAUUCUGUUUGCUUGAACACCGAAAAUAAUUUCAUGAAAUACACCUCAUUUACACAUUUUAAUAGGUUCACGUGUGAACGUCUUUCAGUCGACUUUUAAAAGUUUUACCUUCAUCUUUAAUUUUUUUCAGUGGGAGCUGGUUCCUGCCGAUGAAGGCAGUGCCCGUGGAGCGGCGCUAAUUGCUGCGGUCGCCGAGAAACUCGACCUUUAG